AUGUUAGGUUGGAUGAAAACCCUAAACCCAGAAAUCAAUGGCGUCACGGGCAUAGAAUCAAACCCUAUCUCCACCUCCGACCCCAAUUCCGACCGCCUUUUCUUCGGUGACCGGUCCGCCUACGUUGUCCCUGAUCCGGGUCACUCCAUCCAAGACAUCUUCGAACAACUCUUUGGGGUUCCGUGGAGCCAAGACGUGGCCUACAAGCAACCCAAACCGACCAUGCAAGGCUUUGCUCAAAAUGCAGAGCGCAUUCAGAAGGGUAUGUCUGAGACUGUGAUGAAUGGGUUUAAACCGGUUUCUGUUCCGGUUUAUCGAGAGUUGGUAUCGGAGUUUGCGGUCUGUGAUAGGUGGUUCGCGGCGGUUCCGGCGUCGACACAGCCGAAUCGGUUGUUUGUGCACUCUGCUACAUCGCAUGGUGCUACUAGUAAUAAUACUAUGCAGUUGAUUGAAGGGUUCCCUCAGAAGACUAUAUUUGAAUCAAUGGAUGAGGCUGGUUACAGUUUUGGGAUCUAUUUUCAGAAUCCUCCAUCAACUCUAUUCUACAGGUAA